GGGGGAGGGGCAAGGGCUGCAUCUGAGCUUCUGUGUCCCCCUCCCCCAGGGUCCCUGCAGCAGCAGCAUCCAGGCUAUGAGCUCCGAGUGCAGGAAUCGGUGACGGUGCAGGAGGGUCUGUGUGUCCACGUGCCCUGCUCCUUCUCCUACCCGUGGAGUCCGUGGUCUUCCUCUAGUGAACUCUACACCUACUGGUACCGGGUCGGGGAAAACAUGGGCUAUGCUGCUCCUGUGGCCUCGAACAACUGGAAUAAAACCGUGAAGACAGAGACCCAAGGCCGCUUCCUCCUCGCGGACCCCACGACCAACAACUGUUCCCUGGACAUCAGAGACGCCAGGAGGAGUGACAGAGGACGCUACUUCUUCCGAGUGGAGAGAGGAAAUUCUGUGAGAUAUAGUUACCAAGAGAAGAUGCUGGAUUUGCAGGUGACAGCCCUGACAGAGAAACCCCACAUCUGUGUACGGGAGCCUCUUGAGUCCGGCCGCCCCACACAGCUGGCCUGCAGCCUGCCAGGGGCCUGCAAAGGUGGACGACCUCUCACCUUCUCCUGGGCGGGAGCCUCUGUGGACUCGCUGGACCCCCAGAACCUCAGCUCCUCGGUGCUCACCUUCACCCCGAGGC